GGCGGCGUUGUUGGGCUGGGCGGCCGAGCGUCUGUGGGGCCGGGGCCAUGGCUGCCUGGGCCACCCUUUCGCCCAGCAUCGUGGAGUAUUUCGAGGGCGAGGACUUCUACCGCUGCGGCUAUUGCAAGAACGAGUCGGGCAGUCGCUCCAAUGGCAUGUGGGCACAUUCCAUGACAGUACAGGAUUAUCAGGAUCUUAUAGAUCGAGGAUGGCGAAGAAGUGGGAAAUAUGUGUACAAACCUGUUAUGAAUCAAACAUGUUGUCCUCAGUACACAAUAAGGUGCCGACCUUUACAGUUUCAGCCAUCAAAAUCUCACAAGAAGGUUUUGAAAAAAAUGUUGAAAUUUCUGGCUAAAGGGGAAAUUUCCAAAGGAAGAUGCGAGGAUGAGCCCAUGGACUCUGCAAUGGCUGAUGCUGUUGCAGGUGACUUUGCAUUAAUAAAUAAAUUGGAUAUACAGUGUGAUCUUAAAACGCUCAGUGAUGACCUCAAAGAGAGCUUAGAGAGUGAAGAGAAGAAAAAAGGAAACAACUCUAUGAAAGAAGAGUCGAAUGAAUUGAUUCAGUCACAAGAUAUAGAAGAGAAGUUGGGCUCUGGUGAACCAUCACAUUCAGUUAAAGUUCAUACAGUUCCUAAGCCAGGCAAAGGGGCUGAUUUGAGUAAGCCUCCAUGUCGAAAAGCAAAGGAAAUCCGGAAAGAAAGGAAAAGGUUAAAACUUAUGCAGCAAAAGCCAGCUGGAGAACUUGAGGGUUUCCAGGCUCAAGGUCACUCACCGUCUUUGUUUCCACCAAAGGCUAAAUCUAACCAGCCCAAAUCACUUGAAGAUUUAAUUUUUGAAUCUUUACCAGAAAGUGCAUCCCACAAGUUAGAGGUGAGGGUGGUGAGAUCAUCUCCACCAAGUUCUCAGUUCAAAGCCACAUUUCAGGAGUCUUACCAGGUCUAUAAGCGUUACCAGAUGGUUAUUCACAAGGACCCACCUGAUAAACCAACUGUGAGCCAGGUGAGGUUAGUACCUGUCUCCUUUGAGGACCCAGAGUUCAAGUCGUCCUUCAGCCAGUCCUUUUCUUUAUAUGUCAAGUAUCAAAUGGCCAUACACCAGGAUCCACCUGAUGAAUGUGGGAAGACUGAGUUUACAAGAUUCCUUUGCAGUUCACCUUUGGAGGCAGAGAAUCCCCCAAAUGGGCCAGAUUGUGGUUAUGGCUCCUUCCACCAGCAGUACUGGCUUGAUGGAAAGAUCAUUGCUGUGGGGGUGAUUGACAUCCUUCCAUACUGUGUAUCGUCUGUGUAUUUGUAUUACGAUCCUGAUUAUUCAUUUCUGUCUUUGGGUGUCUACUCUGCACUACGAGAAAUUGCUUUUACGAGGCAACUUUAUGAGAAAACGUCUCAACUCAGCUAUUACUAUAUGGGUUUCUACAUUCAUUCAUGUCCCAAGAUGAAAUAUAAGGGUCAGUAUAGACCUUCUGACUUGUUGUGUCCUGAGACAUACGUUUGGGUACCCAUUGAGCAGUGCCUGCCUUCACUUGAAAACUCCAAGUACUGCCGUUUUAACCAGGACCCAGAAGCAGUGGACGAAGGUCGCAGUAAGGAACCUGACCGAUUGCAGGUGUUUCACAAGAAAGCCAUCAUGCCUUACGGUGUUUAUAAGAAGCACCAGAGAGACCCGAGCGAGGAGGCCACCGUGCUGCAGUACGCAGGCCUGGUGGGCCAGGCGUGUUCCGAGAGGAUGCUGCUGUUCAGAAGCUGAAGCCAGUGCAGCCCCUCCGCCUGGGCGUGCCUGCGCUGUGCCAUGCUGUGUGGGCAACGUGUGCCGCGGGGCCUGUGCGGUACCUCUGCGGAAAUACUCUGACCAUCCACAAAGCAGACUUCCUGUUUUGACCAGCUAUCGCUUUUCUGUAUUUGUGAGAAUCUCAUGGUUAAUAUAAAGAUUUUAAGAAUAUGUUAUGACCUAGCUCCAUAAUUGGACUGUAUCAUUUUGGAGGUUUGUUUCUGGAGCAAAAUAUGCUAAACAUCUCUUGUUAAUAUCUUGGAGAGUAAAAUUAAGAAGUGAACCUAAUCACAGUUGUGCUUUUUUUUGUUCUGUUAGAGAAAUUAAAACUGUUUUCUCAGACCCAUUUAACACAUUAGUUUAUGCUCACAAGCCUGAAGUAUGGAGAAGGAGGUUGAAAGUCUGUUUCAUCACUUAGAAAAUGUCUUCUGAAGAGAACAAAACUGUGCUGUUACUCAAUGCUCAAUAUUAAAUUACUGCCAACAUUAUGUGAUGUAGUUUAGUAGAGAACAUGAAAAGAGUCUUGUGUUAGCAUUAGGUGUGUCUGUUUGUCCAGAUAGUCUUGUUCACGUCUGUUGUCUUGGCAUAAUUUUUUCUCCUAGAAUAAUUGUUACUAGUGCUCCCUUUUACUCUCAAAAGUAUUUCAGUUUGGACAACAAAAUAUACAGUUACCCAAGUUAUAUAUUAUAUUGUUUGCUGCAUUCCUAAAAAUAUAAGUAAUGGAGUUUUUUAAAGAAAAAUGUUGGCUCCUGCCUUGAUCUAAGCUUCAUCCAAAAGAAAUGGGCACUGAUUUUUCACUCCUUGGAACUCAGGACACUUGGCUUUUGUUAUUGAUGAAAUCAGUUAAUAUCUGACUACCUUCAUAGCUGUGCCACAAAUCACAUUUAAGCAGGGAUCAUUCUGACCUCUGUGUUCCAGGGCAGAGUUGGAACAAUCCAUUUCUUGCCCUUUGAUUUGAGAGUCGGGGAGGAGCUGCUGCCCUUCCCGAUUGGGAGCAGAGGCUAGCCCUUUCUUUCCCUCCCACUUCUGAUGUGGAGCCCUUUGCCCUUUCAGCAGAUGUCUGCAGUCAAGGUGGCAGGCACUGUGCAGGGUAGGUAUGAGGAGGAGAACCGGAAGUGCCCAUUCUUAGUUACAGCCUAGUGGCAUUGGAAACAGGAUGCAGAGCAGAGGAGUACUAUUUUCUCGUGCUCUUUUUCUCAGUCUGCUGCUGACAGUUGCUUGGCCACCGAGCCCUUGUUGGUCCCUGUUUUGCCCAUUUUUCCGUUUUCUUGAUUGAUCUUUUUAAAAGCCAUAUUAUAAAACUUAGUAGUUUGAAUCCCACUACAGAUUUUAAACUUUUCUCCAAAAUGCACUGAAUUUUGGUAAAAUAUUAGAAAAUAACCUUCAGCUAGCUAGAAUAAAAGGAUGAUAAAACAUUGAUUUUAAAAACCAAGUAUUUACAAAUUUAACAUCCAAGAAAACUGUAGUUAUUCACUCCGUGUGUGUGUGUCAUACCUGCUGUGUGCCAAGUACUUGGCUAACCAGGGAUAGAAUGGGGGGCAAAGCUAUUUUCUCUGGUCACAAGGAUUUUACAUUCUUCUGGAAUUUUGACCUUCAAAAUAAUCUCCCGAAAGCAUUUGAAAGAAUCUUAUUGAAACUGCCUCCAGAAUCUAUAGAAUAUUUUUUUCUUUUUCCCUCUAAAAUGAAGACAGCUUCAUUUUAUUAUUUUUAUGGUUACAAAAAUGAUAUUCACUGUAAGCAAUUAAAACAUUAAGAAAAGUACAAAUAAGAAUGUAAAAAUAAUCUGAAAUCCUACCAUACCCACACACACAUAAUUUUAAUAUUAUUAUGUUCUGCAUACUAUUUUGUUUCCUCAACAGUAAGUUAUGGACAUAUCUGAAAUUUGGGAGAGAUUUCAAAAUAAGAUUUCAGAAAAGUGUGAUAAGCAAUGGGAAUUAUUAAAAUAAGUAGGGUAGAGCCAGUUCUUGGUGCCCUUUGCAUUUGGAUGUCCAUGUUGCUGUCAUCAGCUACGUUACAUUCUGCUUUCAUAGUUGUGAUUAGCAGUUCGAGUGGUAUUCAUAAAGAUCACAACUCUUGACUAUCAAAUGAAGAGAAAACUUGAAUUCGAACAUCUUACCACAACUCUGAAUUCUUCAGAAUUCAGUUUUGGGUUCCUUCAGAGGAAAAUGAUUAGUUUUCCCUAUUUGUCAACUGUGGUGCUGUCCCUGAGGGUGACAUUCUAGGUUGUCUCCACUGAAACUUCAGAGUGACUCUUCUCCUGGGUUGCUAUAUUCAUGCGUCUUUUUUUUUUUGAGAAUAGUGUAUUGAUCCAGGUAUUCACAGUGUCUUCAGAGGUCUCCUUUGUUCUUCUGAGCUCUAGCUGAGUGGAUAUUGAUAGUCAAGGAGGGUGACUUUGUUAGUUGACUAGCAACCUUUCAAAGACAGUUUAUCUUUUCUAGGUGGGAAGCUCUGCAUUGCAAUCUAAGUGUUGUAGUCCCCUUCUAAUUUCAAGUGAAUUCACACUUACCUCCCUGUCUUGGGAGCAGAUAUAAUUUUGAUUCCCCAUGCUACUAUAUUUAAAUUAUUUCAGUUCUGUGAGAUUUUCAUUAUAUUAUUUUUUUAAUGUAAUCUGAAGUACUUUUUUAUAUUAUAAAAGAUAGAGGCUAUUACCAGAUGAAUAUAUUAUUAAUUUGAUUGAAAUUAUUUAGAUAAGAAAUUAUUACUGUUUAUAUUUGCUUUCAAAUGGCUUAUCCUAUUUUUCCAUCCACUUUGCAAAUAUGAGUUAACAUUAUCAGAAUUAUUAUGUAAAAGAAACUUCGGAUUUCUGAACAGUAUAUGGUUUGAUUUUUAUAGGCACUGUAUUAUUUCAAUAUGAGUAACGAUGAGAAAGAAUAUGAUGAAAAGUUAACUAAAAUUUAUCUAUUGUUGUUAACCUAAAAAAAAAAGAAAAAGAGAUGAAAUGAAAACAGUUGGGGAAUGUUUGAAUUAGAAGUUAUCCAAGUGUGUAUUCUUUUCUAAAAGAAAACCUGUGACUGUAAGGCAAAACAAAUUUUAUUGCAUGUUAUAUUUUUUGCUCUUGUAUAUGCCUUUUGAACAAUCCAUUUGAUAAAGCUUGAGUGGAAAAAAUAAAGCUGUUUCUA